GGAUCCCUCGAUCAAACUUCAGCUGCCCGCGGGGCCGACCUGGUUUCCCUCCAUCUGCUUCUCCAAAAAAUGGGCGACGUUCCCAGCGCGCGCCAGGAGGAGGGCUCCAACUGCACGUCAAUCCUUCGGGGUCCCCGCCUGGUUCUCGAGUGGGACGGGGAGGCUCAACUUUUUUCCCGUCUUCCUCUUGCUACGUGGUGUCCGGUUGUGCUCGAAGCCAGGAGCGAUGUGGAGGCGCCGACUGCUCCUGGGCGCUCUCUGCCUCCUCUGGGCCGGGGCGGGGGCUCAGUACGAGCGCUACAGCUUCAGGAGUUUCCCGCGCGACGAGCUGAUGCCCUUGGAGUCCGCCUACCGCUACGGCCUGGACCAGUACAGCAACGAGAAUUGGCCCGAGAGCGUGAGCUACCUGGAGAUGAGCCUGCGGCUCUACCGCCUCCUGCGGGACAGCGAGGCUUUCUGUCACCUCAACUGCAGCUCCGUCCGCACGGAGGAAGAGAAGGAGGCCGGCGCGGACCCCCGGGGGCUUCUCCCGCCCGACCGCUUCGACGGCUUCCCCGAGCUGCGCUACUUCAGUGACACGCUGCGCAGAGCGCAGUGCCUGAAACGCUGCAAGCAAGGGCUGCCGGCCUUCCGCCAGUCUCAGCCCAGCCGGGAAGUGCUGGAGGAGUUCCAGCGCCGCGAGCCCUACAAGUUCCUGCAGUUCGCCUACUUCAAGGCAAACAAUUUUCCAAAAGCUAUUGCAGCCGCACAUACAUUUCUUCUGAAACAUCCGGAUGAUGAGAUGAUGAAAAGGAAUAUGGCAUACUACAAAAGCAUGCCUGAUGCUGAAGACUAUAUUAAAGAUUUGGAAAUAAAAUUAUAUGAGACUCUCUUUGUCAGGGCAGUAAGGGCCUACAAUGGAGAAAACUGGAGGACCUCAAUUUCAGACAUGGAACUGGCACUUCCUGAUUUCUACAAAGCCUAUGACGAGUGUACAGCCGCCUGUGAAGGCUCCCGGGAGAUCACAGAUUUUAAGGAGUUUUAUCUGUCUAUCGCAGAUCACUAUACCGAAGUUCUUCAGUGCAAACUGAGAUGUGAUAUUGAUCUGACACCUGUCAUAGGGGGCUACGUUGUGGAAAAAUUUGUGGCAACUAUGUAUCAUUACUUGCAAUUUGCCUAUUAUAAGUUGAAUGAUUUGAAGAAUGCAGCUCCAUGUGUUGCUAGUUACAUGCUUUUUGACCAGAAAGAUGAAGUGAUGAAACAGAAUCUUGUCUAUUACCAGUAUCAUAAAGAUAAGUGGGAACUUACAGAUGAAGAUUUCCAGCCUAGAGCUGAAGCUAUUCGGUAUUACAACAUCACAACACUUCAGAAAGAAAUGUAUGAAUUUGCUAAAGAGUAUGUGAUGGAUGAUGAUGAAGGUGAAGUAAUAGAAUACCUUGAUGAACUCCUGGAAGUGGAAGAUGGAACACAGUGACUUUUAACAACUAAAGAACUUUAAGAAGUGAAUAUUCACCAUUGCUCCUAAGUAUCUCCAUGCAACAUCUUUAGCUCAGGUUUAGAAAUACCUCAGGUCUGUAUUAAGCUUCAUCAGAUGUCACCUGACUCACCCUUAAAGUUUUCUACCAUGCCAUGUACUUGGAUCUUCUUUUUCUUUAUUUCCUUUUUUGUAAAAUGUGGAACCUUUGGGGCAUUUUUCUCUAGUCAUUCUGCUCAGCAAAGCCAUCAUGAUUCAGAUGAAGUACAACUGGGAUUUUGACAGAAUGGGAGACACAGAUCUUUGUAAUUUGUUCUGAAUGAGAACAGUUUUCAAAUGAAGAAUAGGAUAUAAAUCCUUCAAAUAAAUAAAAUAAGACAGAGCUCUACAAU